UGUGCACACAGUCCAGUUUUGCAGUGCUAGAUUUGUCUGUCUGGAAAACUUAACCUUAACCAGGAACUGGGAGAUAGAUAUGGAGAUUAAAAGAACAACGUUAGCAAGCUAUCUUGCUACUUUUUUUUCUAAUUCGUAGUUACAGUUACUGAUCGCUCAGAGGAACUGGCUAUUCACCAUUGUUAUUGGUCGCACGCAAACGAUAAAGAGCUAGUCUAAAGAAUAAGGAGUCAGCUAACGAUCACAAUUCGGCAUUUCCGUUAUGGUACAGCCAUGGAAAUGAAAGCUUUGAACAAGACAAGUUUAUGUUUGUUACGAUUGGCUAGUUCCGUAGCUAUGUUAGCUAGCUGCAAAAGAAACGAAAGCGAAAUAAGAAAUUGUUGUUGAGCGCUGAGCUGCCAAUUUUCACAUUCAUUCUUUGUCCGUCUCUGCUGCUGUAUGCGGUUAAGUGAGUGAGUGCAGUAACUUAGUUUGGAUAUUUUUUCCACAGCAUAAAAAGUCUACCAGCUAUCUCUUUGCCUGCUUACAGUCUGUCCCGACUUGAUAUCGUCAUUGUGCUUUUGUGGAGCUGUUCCAAGGUUCAUGUUUCAGACCAUGUCUGAGGAAAGCACCCAGUUCUGCGCCAACUGCAAGCGUGAUAUCCCAGAGGCCAAUUUCACCACUCAUGAGAUCCACUGCCGUCGCAACAUUGCGCUGUGCGAUCAGUGCCAGGAGCCGGUUCCUCGGGCGGAUCUACUGCAGCACAAGGAACAGGAGCACGCACAGGUGCAAUGCAAAUGCGGGUUGAAAAUGGAGAGGAACACCUUGGAGACGCACCAGCGCUCCGAGUGCAGCCAGCGGCUGGUGGCGUGCCAGUACUGCGAGCUGGAGCUGCUGUGCAGCCAGGCCCGGGACCACGAGGCCUACUGCGGGACCCGGACCGAGCCCUGCCCCUCCUGCCGCUGCAACGUCAUGCUGCGCGAGCAGGCGGUGCACCCGGCCUUCUGCGGGACCCAGCCGCCGCCCCAGGAGAGGAACAACGCGCGCCCCGCGCGCGGGCCCCCGGAGCGCCUGGCCCCCGAGGCCUGGUUCGAGGCCCACUCCAUCCAGAACCUGCUGAAGGCGCAGCAGGGCGGCCAGAACUGCGCGGCCCCCGAGCGCAGGGCGCUCCCCCGGCCACUGGAGGGCAGGGUGCACAACAGCACCCGGGCGGCGGGGCUGGAGGGCCGGAGGAACACCGCGCCCAGGAACACCGACCUCAACCGCUUCAUGGAGCGAGAGCCGGAACUGGGCAACAAUAACAACAGUAUGUCCUGGCCUGGCCUCUCCCCGGGAGAAGACCACUCCAGCCUGGACUACCUGCUGGCCCUCAGCCUCCAGAACGACGGCGAUGUGGGGGAUCACCUGGGCAACCAGGGAGGCUUCUGGCACGACGGCUGGGUGGAUAGCGCGGGCUCCACCCACAGUGCACUUCUGCCCUCGCUCCUCUCUCAGCUGACCCAUCCCAACAACAACUACCGCAACCUGGCCCCCGAAAACAACACCCCGCCCGGCCCUAGUCCGUCAGACACCAUGCUGCCCUGUGAGUUCUGCGAGGAGCUAUUUCCUGAGGAGGACCUGAUUCUCCACCAGACCAGCUGCAGCCCUGCCACUGCCUUCGCGUCCUUCAGCAAGCGCGCCCCCUCCCCGCCGUUCGAGGACGCGGCCCCCCACGCCGGGGGGGGCUUCCUGUACACCCCCCCGGGCAGCCCCAGCCCCCCCACCCUGCCGCGCUCUGCCUCCCCGCUGUCCUGCAGUCCGCCCUCCGCCGCAGCAGAGGGCGCUGUGAUGAUCCCCUGUGAGUUCUGCGGAGUCACCCUGGAGGAGGAUGUCGUGUUCCACCAUCAGGAUAAGUGUGACCUCCGACCCCAUGCUGCUUUUCCACUGGAUAAGCUGACACCUGACAAGCCCAUGUUUCCUGCCAACGCGGCCAAUGAGAAGCACUCUCCCGUGCUGCAGAGGAGAGUGAGACACCAAGGGGAGCCGGGGGAGGAGGACGCGGAGCCGGCCGGGGAGAGCCCCUCUCUGCACGGGCCGAUCGGGAGGCCCCGGGCGGGGUCGGGGAAGGAGCCCUGGAGGCCCCGGCCCCGCGACGCCCUCUCCUCUCCGGUGAAGAACACCAACGUGGACGCCCAGGCCCGCGCCGGGCCCUACCGCUGGAGGGAGGGCGGGGCCGCCCGGGGGUCACGUGACCUGCUCCUGGACGACGGCCACAAGCCCAGCGCCACAGUGACCGCGGGAGCAAGAGUGGAGGGUCGGAGGAACCAGAGGAAUCCAGUGACGUCAAAGGUACUCGUGCUGUUCUGUUCUCUUUUCCAUGUGUUCCUCGUUCCGCGUGGUCCUCGUUUCGUGUGUUUCUUCUUCUUUCAUUAUUGGUGUUCUUAAUUGUUUUGCUAACCUUUAAAAAUGUGCCUCAAUUUUGAACGGAAGACCCAGGCGACCAAAGUGCGGAACACGGAGACGGAGGAGGAAUGAGGGAGGAGCCAUCGACGCCCCUCCCCCACCUGUGCCACACACAUUGACCUUUGACCCGCCUGUGUGCGUGCGCAUGUGUGUAUGUGCGUACGUGUGUAUAUGUACAUGUGUGUGUAUACGUGCACGUGUGUGCAUGCGUGCGUGCGUAUAUGUGCGUGUACAUGCGUGUGUAUUCGUGCACAUGCGUGCGUGCGUGUACGUGCAUGUAUACGUGUGUGUACGUGCGUGUAUACGUGUGUGUACGUGCGUGUGUAUACGUGCGUGUGUGUAUAUGUGUGUACAUGUGUGUGUAUAGAUGCGUGUGUGUACAUGCGUGUGUACGUGCGUGUGUGUGUACGUACGCAUGUGUGUACGUGCGUGUGUAUACGUGCGUGUAUACGUGCGUGUGUGUACGUGCGUGUGUAUACAUGCGUGUGUAUACGUGCGUUUGUGUACGUGCGUGUGUGUGUAUGUAUGUGUCUGUGUCCGUGUGCUGAGUCUCAACCUUCUGCUUCAGUCGAAUUGCUUCCUUUUAUAUCCUAGAAACGUUUUUUUCUAACUGUGAUUCCUAACUUGUUGAAAUUAUCUGUUUUGUAUUACAUUUUUGUGUUGCAGACUAUAUAUACAUUACAAUGUAGAAGUAAAGAGAUUUAAUAUACUAUUAAACAUGUAUAAAAUGCUAUGUGUGAUUUUACAAAGUUCAUAUCAAUUGUAUUCUUUACGGGCAACAUCUGAUCAUUAAAACACUUUGGAAUACAA